CAGAGGGGGGUCUGCUGUACGAGCUCGUAAAAGUUUAUUAACGACGGAAUUAGCUUCAGAGGAGAGAUGAGUGCUUCUGUUUUCCCACCCUCUCAUCUCCAAAACGUUAGGUUUCUGCACCAAUGAAGGGGAGGGAGAGACAGGAGGAGGAGGAGGACGGGGUGGUGGUGGUGGAGAAGGGGGUGUUUAACAGUCCUACAACCAUCUUCUGUCCCGUUUAUCCGCCAUAUAGGCCAGCUCGAUACUGCCGUGAACUAACUUCCUGCAUGUGGCUGUAGCUUGAACGGGAUUUCUGGGCUGAGCGGUCACUGCUGCUGUCCAUGCGUGAGCCUCUUCUCCCCCCUCCGUGGAUGGUGCGGAGUAAUAUCAUUUGGAGAGGCCGAGGCCGACAUUUUACCCCGGUCCGGAGGAGCAUUAACUCGGAGGGGACAUCCGAGGACACGCGUUAAGGCUGAGAAAUCGAGAGCUGCAGAGCUGCGACAUGUGAAAAGAGCUCACCCACUUGGCCUACUCACCUCUCAAUCUUAGACCUGAACUCGGUCGAGUUUUUCGCUGCUGAACUCACUCACACUCACGUUGGGACUGCGACCUGACAACCUCCUGCCUCGGGCAUGCCUCAGCCGGGUAUGAAUGGGAUGGAGCCUGCAUUUGGCGAGGCCUACGGGGGGCACAGGGGUCUGAUGAGCCCCUACCCUCUGGCCAUGUCGCCACAGGGAGGCAGGACAGAGUACGACCAGAGUGUGCUCCUUAUGCUGGGCUCCCCAGCAUUGCCAAGGAAACGGCCCUUUGAGUUGCUAAGCGACCUGGUGGACGACGGAGGCUUUGGUGAAGACCUGCACCCAGAGCGCUGGGAUGUGUCCGCGCUGGAUGAGAUGGCUCGUUACACCAAACUGGGCCUCGGGGUCGGAGGGGAGCUGCUGCCCUGCUCCGAGGAGGCUGUGCUGAUGGGCUGCUGGGGGAGGAGCCGGGAAGAGCAGGAGGAAGAGGAUGAGGAGGAGGAGAGGAGGAGGAACAGACACGCAGCCCCUCCUGGCACCCCGGAAGUCCAGAAAACUGCUUCAGGGAAGGAGGAAGAGGAGGAGGAAGGGUGUAUCUCUGUUGCCCGGACAACAGAGCUGUGUGUUUCAGGAAGAGUGACUGAAGGUGGACAGGAUGAGGGGGUGUCAAGGGAGCGCACGGUGGAGGUGUAUCAGGUGGCCCAAGAGGAAGAGGAAGCAGCAGCAGCUGCAGUAGGACUGGCUCUGGAGCACUGCAGCGAGGAGCACAACUACUCCCUGAGCCAGGGGGGGGAGCUGGGGGCAGGAGCUGCUCACAACUCCCAGACAGAGGAGGUGCAGGUGGUGGAGAAUCAGCAGGAAGAGCAGGAUAGGGAGGACAGCCAGGCCGAGACCGAACUGAAGCUGGAGGAUGAGGAUGAGGAUGAGGAGCAGGACGAAGACGAGGAAGAAGAGGAGGAAGAGGGAGAGGAGGGAAUGGAGGAGACAGUGGUGGAAGCUGAAAUUUCGAGCUCCUCAGAAACUGAAUGUGAGGUGGAAGCAGAGCCAGCCAGGCAGCUGGGCGAGCGACCGUCGAAGCGUCGCUGUUUCUGGGAGUACAGACGUGCUCGGGAGUCAGCCACGAAGAAGAAACUUGGCGGUGACGUCCACUGGUCUCUGUCCUGGAGCUCCAGCACUCUUCCCAGCACGCUGUACCGCCGAGAGGGCAAAAAGGGGCGACGCAAAGCCCGGAAAACAGAUGCCAGCGACCUGACGCCGAACCCUCAGAAGCUCCACAACAUCGGGGAGCAGCUGCAGAAGCUCAACGCAGCGAUCGAUGGCAUGGGUCCGGUCAACGACCUGCCCGCUGUGGCCCGAGCCCGUUCACGCAAGGAGAAGAACAAGCUGGCCUCCAGGGCCUGCCGGCUGAAAAAGAAGGCCCAGCACGAAGCCAACAAGAUCAAGCUGUGGGGGCUCAAUCAGGAAUAUGAAAACCUGUUGGGAGCUCUGCUGCGGAUUAAGGAAGUGAUCAGACGGCGAGUGGAGAGCAGCGAGGAGGAGGACACGGACGAGCGAGGGAUGACCCAACGGCUCGAAGACAUCCUCAGAGAGUCGAGUGGUCCCUUAGUUGCUGGGCGGACCAAAGACUUUGUGCAGAGGAUUUUGGCAGCCAGCGCAGGCGGUCAGAACCAACGCAAAGAGCCCUCACAGGACGGGGAUGAGGCAUCGGGGUAAAACCCCAAAACAGCAGUCCCUUUUCUCUCCGUACCCUCUUCUUCCAACCCCGCCCUCCCAGCACCACCAACUUGUCGAGACCAAGCUCCUCCACACCUCUUCUGCUCUCACGUCGUACACAUUUAAGCAAAGAGACGGCAAAGUGGAGAGGCUGGGAACCAAGAGGAGGUGAGGAAGAAGAGGAAGGAGUAGCCUAAACAAAGCGAUAGUAAAUUGCUACCUUGCUCCUGGUCCUCUCCUGUUGGUCCUCCAAACAGCAGCCGUCUUCACCGCUCUGUCUCUGCAGGCUGCACCACAACCACCAACAGGCCAGAGCUGCUGCUGCUGCUCCUGCUGCUGCUGCUGAUGUCUCUGUAUUCUGUGUUCUCUGUGUGCGUGCAUAAGUGUGUGCGUGUAACAUACUGUAUGAGCGUGUAUAGUGUUCCUCUCUCCCUCUCUGUGCUGUAUUUGUACCCCAUUGUGCCUAUGAAUAGACAUUGCACUGUUUUGUAGAUGGUCGUAGUUGUUGUCAGGGGGCCGUUAGUGAGCCGAGGGCGAGGGGGCAUUUGAGGAUAAGAGGAAGUUCUAAAAAUAAGGAAGUGGGAGGAGCCCAGGCACGGGAAACAAAGAAGAGGGUGUGUUUGUUUUGGUUUGGGGGUUUUUUUGUUGUUGUUUUUUGUUUGGCUGGGCUCCUAUAGAAGCUCUGCAUAUCAUUUGAAUUGCACCAGCAUCUGAAAUGAGACCCAAUGCCAGACCAGUCAAUGGUAACUGAUGGAAAAGUCCUCGGAGCUUUAAUAGUCACCCCUCUCUGACACCCCCGUCACCCCAUCAAAAUGUGAGCAGAGAUCAAAAGAAAAAAAAGAAAACAAACUGCACCUUAAUUUAAACUGACCAAAGAUAAGUGAUACUGCUGAACUACUCUGUCACCACUUCAGAUGCUGCCAGCCAUUAACACACCAUCCUGUCCUGCUGAGAGAGGGGUGAAGUGACUGAUACACUUUUAAUUCUUGUCCUAUUUACCUGCGUGCAUCAUUCAAAGAUGGGCAUCACCUGAUAGACUUUGAUCCUUUUCACGUAAAUGCACUACCGUCACGGACCCGAGAGGCCGUGGUGUGGCAGACGGGACUUGUCGAUUGGUUGGCCGUCUAGCUCUGCAGCCUGGUGCUCCUUUAGCUGAUCUGUGGUGGAUUUAUUUUUUACCCCAAAAAAGGGAAGUGUCCUCGAUGCCUGCCCCAAGCCCUCUCCUCAACCCCCUGACCUGAUUAUGUAGCGCAAUUUCCUGACUUGCAAUGACAAAUAGAGAAAAAACACACACACACUUGUAGAGCUAGAAAGCAAAUAAUUAGUUUUUGUUGAUUUGAUUUUGUUGUUAUUUGAUGAUGCCACAGCCCACAAAGUGGGCGUCAGUCUUGAGAGUUUUGAGAAAAAAAAAAUCUGCCUUUUUAAUUUCUGUUUUUCUUUAUUUUUCUGUGGUCUCUGCUAAAGCUGGAGACCCACCUGUCCACACUCUGUAAAUGUUGUUGGACGCUAAAAAAAUUAAUUAAGACCUUUGAAUUGCACUGUGGUAAGAGCAACAAAGCACCUUUGAAGAGGGCUUCAAAUCCUCCAAAAGAGAGAGGAAAAAAAAGACUCUUGGCACCUUUUUCUAAAGACAGAUAUUGAUUGAGAGACUUGAGGGCACCGAGCGCUUUGCGACCAACUGCUGGUUUGGGCUUGUUUCAGUAUGGUGCUACUAUAUGAUGACAGAAAAGUCAUGCAAACACAUUUGGAGGCAUGAGGCAGUAACUGCUGACUGGGUUUUGGCCUGCAAGGACGUACUGUUGUAAUAGGCGGUUUGUUUGCAUAAUGACGCCUUUCUCAAGUGCCUGGAGCUUAAAGCCACAGGGACCUGUGUUAUUAAAACCUAUUACAAGGUAAAACUUAACUCGUGACUGCUGCGCCAAGCUUGGCAUCACUUGACUUUACUUAGAAGAAGAAGAAGGAAAAAAAUGCAGGCUCAUCUGGGGUCACCAAAAAAAAAAGGUGAAGCAGAAUGUUUUCCUUUUAAAUUAAGUCUAUACAUGGAAACCUACAUGUUGAAAUCUAUUUGUGGAAACAGUAGUGGGCACUGGUUUCUGUGAACAUCAUAUCUGGGAAAUAUACAUAGGGGAGCGGCUGUUCACGGAGCGAUUCCCUUUUGUUUUUUAACCUUGACAAGCUCCCAUCUGGGCUGCAUUCCAAAGCUGCUGUUCUACACACUGUCCCCUUUCUAUGGAAAAAACAUUGGAAAAACAAGACAUUUCCUGUCUCAUUCAGGAACGGAGCGGUUCAACUUAAACUCAUUCACCUCGUGGAUGUCUUGCUUGUUGUCAUUUUUUUAGACGAGUGAGGGGCAGCUUAGCGUCACUCCUGCUUUGAGUUUUCUGCAUCCGCUCUGUUCUGAGAAAUGUUGCUCAUGGUUGUAUAAAGCUGUACUGUAAACAGAGGAUUCCUGUCGGCUUCCUUGCUAGGGAACAGAGCGCCGAGGCUCUGGUGCCAAAGACGGUCUGAGAAUGAAAAGAUACCCGAUUCAGCUCUAAUGUCAAUGAGGCGUCCUCAACGUUACCACAGAAACCCGCUCAGGCUUUCAUGUGAUCAUCCGUGAAGAGACGCGUGAUCUCGGGGAAGGUCACUGAGUGUAGCUAAUGGUGUGCACUUCUACUCCCAUAACCCACCCCCCAAAACACACACUUUCUCCCGGGGGGCUGGGAAGCUGCUGAUGCUGCCAGCAGAGUCACGGGAUCGUGCGCUGGCAGCAGCUCGUGCAACAACAACAGAAAACAAGAGGGAAGAGCAGAGAAACAACUGUGCAGAUCGCCGAGCUUUAAAACGCUCUCACGCCCAUCUGUCACGUCAGAGGAGGAGGAUGAGGUCUUUGUGUUUAAAGACUACACAAGUUUGUACAGAUAUUUUCCUUCCUUCAGAUUGCUGUUACGUAACACAGCGCACCAUCUGCUGUGUACAUUCAUCUAUAUGCCAGAAACUGCAAACAGUUGUAACACGGUGAAUUCCUGCCUCUGAUCCAAACAGAAAAACAGCCGGUUUUACACAAGCGCUCAUCUAAGGGCCUUAACUGAUGCUGUAGCUUGUUGUAUUGUGGGAUAUCCCUUUAACUGUAAAGCUUUAAUAGGGAGUGGCCGGUCUUGGCAAGGCCACUUGUUUCUGUUUCUCACAUUCCUGAUUCAGUUCCUCUGUGGUGUUUCUGUUUGUGUGCACCUGGAAGGAGGAGAGAGAGUGAACUGACCCAAAGAUGUCAGUCGUGUGGUCACUGUUCACUU